AUAUCUUCACCCACCGCCAUAAUGGAGCUCCCCUUCAUCACCCUCGACGUCUUCACCCGCACCCGCUUCCGCGGCAACCCCCUCGCCGUCGUCACCAUCCCCGCCUCCCUCCCCAACAAGCCCACCCAGCAGCAAAAGCAGGCCAUUGCCCGCGAGUUCAACCUCUCCGAGACCGUCUUCAUCCACGACGUCCCCGACCCGGCCGCCGACCGCUCCCGCCGCAUCGACAUCUUCCUCACCUCGGCCGAGAUCCCCUUUGCCGGCCACCCCACCAUCGGCGCCGCCGUCGCCCUGCUCCGCUCCGGCGCCGCCGACCAUGACUCUGAGAACCAGCAGCCCCCGGUCACCGAGCUCGUCACAAAGGCCGGCCGCAUCGCCGUCGUCCGCACCGGAGCCGACUCCGCCUCCGCCACCGUCCCGCACAACGUCCACCUGCACGCAAAGACCCUCACCGCCCACGCCGGCAUCUUCGCCGCCGACCUGCAGCCCAGCGAGGACGUCCGCCGCCUCGAGCUCGACGCCCCCGUCUUCAGCCUCGUCAAGGGCGUCACCUUCGCCCUCGUCGAGCUGCCCUCCCUCGAGAUGCUCGCCCACGUCGCCGUCGGCCCCGUCGAGUUCAAGCCCGAGGGCUUCCUCGACGACGGCUGGCAGCAGGGCUUCAUCGGCCGCUUCUACUACGUCCGCACCGGCGACUCCACCGUCGACGACGACGGCGUCCCCGUCGUCCGCCUGCGCACUCGCAUGGUUGCCGAGGGCUUCGAGGAUCCCGCCACCGGUGCCGCCUCCAGCUGCCUGGCCGCCUACCUCAGCACACAGGGCCGCGACAAGCAGACAACGCCCACGCGGAGGUACGACUUCACGCAGGGCGUCGAGAUGGGCAAGGAGAGCUCCAUCCGCGUCGACGUCAGCCUCAAGGACGGCGCCCUCGACACUGUUCUGCUGGCCGGCCCGGCAGUCCAGGUCAUGCGUGGCACCAUUACCGUUGAGUAGAGAGGCACAUGUUUUCGGGGCAGAGAGUCACGGAGAAGAAAAAGAAGGAAAACAACUUUACUUGUGUCUUCGCAUACUUGCAUACAGUUUUUGCGUCUUUG